CCCCGCCGUCUUUGUGCCUGUGUGGGCCUUGCGACCUUACACUAGCGAGUGUCUUUGCCUGACCGUCGCUAUCUACUAGAUGUAAUCACGGGCUACACCUGCCACUAGAUCGGAGCCGGGACCUUUCCACUCCAAUUCGACCCUCUCGCAUCGCUCCAGCCAUACACCCACCAAGCAUUUCUCCCCCACCAAAACAGAAUUCGCAUGUCGAAGCUUACGCCAUCCUCCAGUUGACUUUCUCCCCCGAGUCGACCAUCAACUGCCAUCUAACCCACCGAAAAUACCCUAUCAAGUAGCCUCCUGUUACGGCGAGAUUCAACAACCCCACAACCACCCGACAUGUCCUCAUCAUCACAAGUCACGGAGUCCUGGAUAUCCUCCUUUUGCGGCCUCUUAGGGCACGAAUACUUCGCCGAGGUGACGGAAGAUUUCAUCGAGGAUGACUUCAACCUCACGGGACUGGCAUCGCAGGUGCCCAUGUACAAGGAGGCACUGGAGAUGAUAUUGGACGUGGAACCCGAAGAAGAUGAGGAGGACGAAGAAGAGGAGGAAGAAGACGAGGAAGACGAUGAUGUACUGGGCGAAGAGAGACGCGGUGGCUACAGAAGAGCCGGCGACCGGAGACACCUUAGAAUGGCAUCAGAUGUCAGCGUAGUCGAGAGUUCAGCUGAACUGCUCUACGGGCUGAUACACCAGCGCUUCAUAACGUCUAGGCAAGGAAUCCAGCACAUGGCCGAAAAGUACGAACUCCAGCACUUUGGCACCUGUCCGCGCGUCCAUUGCAACUCCUGCAAAGUGCUACCCGUUGGAUUGAACGACAGCCCUGGCCACGAGACAGUCAAGCUGUUUUGUCCCUCUUGCUUGGAUGUCUACACGCCGCCCAACUCCCGCUUCCAGGCCGUGGAUGGCGCCUUUUUCGGAACCACCUUCGGCUCCCUCUUCUUCAUGACAUUCACGGACUUGGACAUCGGCGGCGGUCGUCGGUCCGCCGCAGGCGCCGCCGAUGCGCUUAUGGCGAUACAAGCCGCAAAUGCAGAAGCCAAAGGCCGGGGCUCUACAUCCAACGCGAACAUCACCUCCAUAAACGGCGUCGCACCGCACAACCUUGCCCCUGGACUGGGAGUUGGCAAUAUCUAUGAGCCACGGAUAUAUGGCUUCCGAGUUAGCGAACGAGCACGAACGGGUCCGCGGAUGAAGUGGCUGAGAAUGCGGCCCGCAGAUAUUACGGAGCUCGACGAGACGAGACGGUUCUGGGAAGAGCGUGAACAGGGCGAGAAGAAGCCUGACGACGAUGAUAUGACUAUGGUGGAUGUGCAGCGGGGUGGGAAUCCCGUGGACAAGCGGAAAAAGGCUGUUGCAAGGAGUAGGCGGACAAACGGGUCGGGGAUUGGGGGAGGAAGUCCCAUGGAUACCGGUAGUAUCGGGGCUGGGUAGAAUCCUGCGCGCGUUUUUAUGGGGGAGUUUUGCUUCAGGGGUCGGUUUGGGGAAGAAGGGAGUGUGAGUGGUUCGUAUGUGCAGUGAUUGCGGGCUACGGGGGUGAAUUUUUUCGUCAGGGGUUCUUGGUUUUUAUUCUUCGAUUGGUGAAAGGGAAGAAGAGUUGGAAGCAUAUGACAUAUUGACGGCGGGAGCAAUGAAUGAAAGGGAUUGCAAUGCUUCAUCUCUCUCCGUGUCAAUUUGUCCUGCGUGUACUACCUUGAUAUAAAUAUUGCCCAGCUUUCCCAGCCACAAGAGUUUCGACUACGAACUUUCUCUCCCACUUCUAUCUGGCAAAAGCAUACUCUUCUGAUUCUACUCAUCUUAAGCGGAUAGAAACCCUUUGCCUAGCCUCUGAAUAUGAUAUACACG